CCAGAGUCCAGAUUGCCUCGCUCUGGUUCCGUCGGUGAGAGAAGAAAUAUAUAUAAAGGCUCCGCAGUUACGAUCUGCCAUUAGAAACCUAGUACCUCUGCUGGUUUCCGGGAAUACUCUCUGAAACCCCCCUUUCUCUCUUUCUCCCUCUGCAAUUAAUUAUUCAUUCCAGUGUUUCUUCAAUUCAUGGCGGCCUUAAACCGCCUGCUAAGAGCGAAAGAGUUGUCGUUGUCAUCGUCGUAUUCAUGGAUGACAACUACUUGUUUGAGGAGGAACUUGUUUUCAACCGCAGUUUCCGAAGCAGCUGCAGCUGAGCUCCACCGUGCUCCAUCUUCUUCGUCGCCGCCGCUCAUCAAAGCCUUCCCAGUGCGUCGAGAUCCAAAGGAAAGGAACGUGCAGUGGGUGUUCCUGGGCUGCCCAGGCGUAGGGAAGGGAACCUACUCCAGUCGUCUCUGUAGCCUCCUAGGUGUCCCUCACAUCGCCACUGGUGAUCUGGUUCGCGAGGAGCUCUCCUCCUCCGGCCCCCUCUCCAAACAGCUUGCAGAGAUUGUAAAUCAAGGCAAAUUGGUUUCGGAUGAAAUCAUAUUAAAUUUAUUGUCUCAGCGACUUGAAGCUGGAGAAGCCAAGGGUGAAUCAGGUUUCAUUCUUGAUGGUUUCCCUCGAACAAUAAGACAAGCGGAAAUAUUGGAGGAUGUGACUGACAUUGAUUUAGUUAUUAACCUAAAGCUCCGGGAAGAUGUACUUCUUGAGAAAUGCCUUGGAAGAAGGAUUUGCAGCCAGUGUGGUGGGAACUUCAAUGUCGCAAAUAUUGAUAUCAAGGGUGAGAAUGGGAGACCUGGAAUAUACAUGGCUCCACUUCUUCCCCCUCCGCAUUGUGCAUCAAAGCUCAUCACCCGAUCCGAUGAUACAGAGGCAGUUGUGAAAGAACGACUUCGUAUAUAUGAUGAAAUGAGCCAGCCCGUAGAGGAGUUCUAUCGCAGUCGAGGAAAGUUGUUGGAGUUUGAUCUACCAGGAGGGAUCCCUGAAUCUUGGCCUAAGUUGCUGCAAGCUCUGAACCUUGAUGACCAUGAUGACAAACAGUCUGCAGCAGCAUGAGUUCCUAUCAUGUGGAAUGGAUUCUCAAAUGUGAGUAGGUCAUUCUUCGCAUGCAUAGGAUGUACAUGCACAGUAAUUUGACAGAAAAACAAUACAUUUUUUUCUCUCUGUCCUAAAUAAAAGCUUCAAAUCUGGUCAGACAUUUAAUGAGAUGGCUGCCUAGUUGAGCUUUGAAGAUAUGUAGUACAUCAGAAUUUGGUCUAUUAUUUGGAGAAGUAUAAGGGUAAACAUCACUAUUAUUCUGAGUGGUGAAGGAU